AUGGCUAAAAGACAGCACGAAAUCAUUGUCGAUAAACUGCAAACUCUAUACUUAAAUUCAGGCAGGUACUCCAACAAUCGCUGCAUCUUGCCAAACGGGCAAGUGUACGGCAAAGCAAUACGAAAGGAGCUUCGUAUGAUGACAGAUAAUGAACGUUCAAGAUUUCGCAGCGCAAUGUGGGGUAUUCGUCAAACAACCUAUAGAGAAUUGGGAGUGAUUCAUUCCAGUUAUAGCACUUCACCAGGUGCUCAUGGUGGUCCCGCAUUUUUACCGUGGCAUAGAGAGUUCAUCAAAAGGUUGACAUGA